AUGCGUCCUCAGGUCCGUUCUACACGCACCUCACGUUCUACCCCCGCCCCUGUCAGCUCUAUGGAGGACGGAGAGACAAUUCAGAACGUGCCAGUGAAGAAGGGUGCUACCAUAGAGAAGACUACGUUAGUCCCGAGCGAACCAGCUAACACCCAGGAAACUUCAACAAAGCGGUCUCGUCAUCGCAUGACAAGCGAGCAGCUCGUUUUCUUAGAGGAUGUCUUCAAGCAGGAUACUCACCCUUCGAAGCAGAAGAAAAAAGACGUUGCGGGCGAACUAAAUAUGAACUUCAAGACGGUCACAAUCUGGUUUCAGAAUAGACGGCAGAUCACGAAGAAAAACCAAGCCGUCAGUGCCAGUGCCAGUGCCAGUGCCACUCCAGUGUCUGGAUCUCCCGCAGCAUCCACGGCCAACGAAGAAGACGCGGAAGAUGGAUCUGCCUUGCGGCGCGUUUCCUCGCCAUCUGAGAACGAUACUCUCACCACUAAGACGCCGGUUGUUGCAUCAAUACCUCUGAAAGACUCGAAGCGAGCGCCGCUAUCUCUUGCGCCGCACGGUGAAAAUAAUACCGCACAGGCACCCAAAGGCUUUUGCAUCAAGAUCAAACCGCUCGCGCAGCCGCUUCAGAGUCGAAGCCAGAACGUCGAGCCGCCUCGAACUCGCGAGCUCUGGGAGCACCUUUCUUCGUCUCCUACGAUUUCUGAAUGGUCUUUCCAGGCUGGCGAGGACGUGGAUGUCGUGGACGGUUUUGGGAGGACAUCUUCGAAUGAACCUCCUCAAGUCUUCAUUGGAAAACGACCACGAACGCUGGAGUGGGCAUGUGAACGAGAGGCGAAGCGCAGACGACUCGGGAUGGGUGAAGACCAGCUAUACAGUGCAACCACGCACUCCCAAGGCAGCAAAAGGGACACUCAAGAAGGAACCACCCCUUCCAAAGGGUUUCAGCAAAUGGACCCGCAUGCUGAGUCGGCCUUGUUACUGUUUUCGCUCUCUACAGGAGCACACACUGACCUGAGCGGUGGCCUCAAACAUACAGCUGCUCCUCAAGACGUGAUGCAUGGAGCUUCGCUUCUUCUCUGCUUCAAACACUCUGUACGACAUUAA